GUUAUCCCUCUAACUUUCGCUCGAAAGUAAGAAAAGUAUUUUAAUUAAACAUACACUGAGAUUCUUAAUGUGACUUUUAGACUAUUAGCUUUUCGCGUAUUAAUUGUUGACUACAGCAGUAGUUUUCAUCCUAACCUCGCAAAAUGGGUCGACAUCAUGCUGAGAAGUCCAGGGGAGACUCAGGUCAUUCAUCAAAAUAUUAUUCUGAACACAAAAGUAACCAUGACAGAAUAAAGUCAAACAGGCAUAAAGAUAGAGAACUGAAGCACCACAAGAGGAACAAAUACGAGUCCGACUCAGAUUCAGAUGAUAGCACUGAGAAGCAGCGACGAAGAGAUUUAAAAGAGAGAGAUGAAUUUGCUGAUAGGCUUAAAAAGAAAGAUAAAGAGAAGACACGAAAUGUUGCUCAGCCAUCAGGUUCAGAGAAGCGAGUUUAUGAAGAAGCAGCCAAACGACUGAAACUUGAAGCAGAGGAUCGUUCAAAAAUCAUUCCAAAGUUGCGAAUAGAAUCAAGACAAAAGUACUUGAAGAAAAGGACGGAAGAUAAAGUAGCAGAAUUGGAGGCAGACAUCAUUGAUGAUGAAUAUCUAUUUCAGGAGCAAGAACUGACCGAAAAAGAGUAUAAGGAACGGGAACACAAGAAGACGCUAUUUCAAUUGGCAAAGGAACAUGAGAAAGCACGUGAACUUGAGAAGGUUCAACGUUACCAUAUGCCAGAUGCCAAAAAGGACCAGGCUGAUGAAAAGUAUGUGGAAGUUGAUGAGCGUGAGAAAGUUCCACAUUAUGAACAACAAAAGUGGGAGGAGGAACAGAUGUCAUCGGCUGUGUUCCGAUUUGGCGCUCGUGAUAAGGCAGAGAAAAAUCGUGAGAGGGGCCAAGAGUACGAACUGGUCUUGGAUGACGAGAUUGAAUUUAUUCAGGCUUUGAGGAUGCCUGGCACCAGGACAGACCGAGAGGAUGAUGAUAAACCAAAACUAACAGAAACAGAGGAGAAAAAAUUCAGUCUGCAAGAAACAAGAAGAAGUUUACCCAUAUUUCCUUUUAGAAAUGAUCUGAUACAGGCAAUCAAAGAUCAUCAGGUCCUGAUCAUAGAAGGGGAGACAGGAUCUGGGAAAACAACUCAGAUUCCACAGUACUUAUAUGAAGGUGGAUUUACACAUAACAGUAAAAAGAUUGGCUGUACGCAACCACGUCGAGUGGCAGCCAUGAGCGUGGCAGCUCGUGUUGCCCAGGAGAUGGGAGUUAAACUGGGUAAUGAGGUUGGGUAUAGCAUCAGAUUUGAGGACUGCACAUCCGAGCGUACAGUCAUCAAGUAUAUGACUGAUGGAACACUUCACAGAGAAUUUCUUUCAGAGCCUGAUCUGCAGUCUUACAGUGUAAUGAUCAUUGAUGAAGCUCAUGAAAGGACUCUGCACACCGACAUCUUAUUUGGACUUGUUAAGGACAUCACCAGGUUCAGACCUGACCUUAAACUUCUCAUCUCAAGUGCCACACUUGAUGCACAGAAAUUCUCAGAUUUCUUUGAUGAAGCACCUAUAUUUAGAAUACCAGGUAUAUAAGACAUUCUUUAUAAAAAUCCAA